CCUCCCCGGAGCCGCGCCUCCUCCUGCCUCCCGGCCCAGCCUGGCAGCCACCAUGAGGGCUCUGUACAUGCUGUUGCUGGCUCUCUGCUUCCUGGCCUCCCAGAUAGCCCCAGGCGCAGGCCUGGUGAAUCUGUUCCGCAGGUACCCGGAGUACGACUGCGCCAAGAAGGGAGGGACCUGCAACUUCUCCCCGUGCCCGCGCUUCACCAAGGCAGAGGGCUCCUGCUACCGGGGCAGGGCCCGCUGCUGCGUCUGAGUGGGAGCCGCCCGCGCGACCUGCCUAACAUCGGGGUGCCCAUAGGACGAUUUCUGACUCUUCUGCCAUCGCGUAGCCUAGUUACAUGUCACUUCAAAGCACCUGCGGGGAGCCCCACCCCCCGCGCGCGCACCUUCGGUGCCCAGGAGCCUGCGUUCGCCUGUCGGUGGAGAGGCCGGUUCACCUUCCCUUUCUCCCAAUCAGUGUCUUGCAACCGAUAAAGCAUCCGUUGUCUCUAAUCAGCUACGGCCCCUUCGUUCUCCCCACAAUGAUCAAUUGUAAAAGCACUAAGGACAGUCAAUCGUGGGAAAAGCCACCGCCCCGGGGGCGACUGGGACACAGCGCCCCCCCACUGGUGAGGAGCAGGUGGACAGGAAAUGCCAGUUUCGGCUGCGUCCUCCGAGGGCCGCGGCGGCCCAUCCACGCCGCGUGGCUCUGCAGCAGAAAAGUUAGGGAACCCCAGGUACGGUGCCAAGUGGGGACCGGAAAUACAGGGAGAAAGAGGGGGGGACACUUUGUAAAGUAUGUGAUUGUCUGACCUCUAUGCUGUACCCCUGACGCUAACACAAAACAGUAUGGAAUGUACGCAAAACAGAAUGGAAAACAACUUUUGAAAAUACAAUAAAAAUUGUUUAACUUAAUAAAAAAAA